AUGCUGGGAGUGAGAAGCAAGCCUGAGGUGAUUCAGGCAAGUGACCAGACACCUGUUGCCAGACAGGCUACCAACAAGCCAUUGAUUGCAUCACAAGCUCCACAGGUCUCCCCGCGAACGAACCUACCGUCCGUGUCCAAACCACCACGGAUGAUGGAGGAAUUUAUAGCCCAGUCGAAUCAGCAGUUGCUGUCUGCUCCAGGAAAACCUCAGCUCACAUGGCGAACCGUGGACUCCGAAGCUGACUAUCGGGAUCUCAAGCCUGGUGAAUACUUCAACCACUUCUUUCACAACAGGGUCCUCACAACCAAAGCAGGCUUGGCCCAAUCGCUUAAGGAGCAUUCAGUGUCGGGUGGCAUCAACUCUGACACCUUUUUCCCGCGGUGCUAUGACAUAGCACAGAAGAGCGAGAGGGACGAUUUUGUCCUCGACUACCGUCGCUCCGCUGCUCUCCGGAUUGCCUUGCUCCACAGACGACUGUAUCAGGACUCCUGGGACCAGGAAGCGAUGGAAGCAACCAACACAGGUUCUGCGGCAUACUCAUGCAAUGAGACUGUCCUACUCGCCUGCACGCGAGUUCUUCAGAGAUGGUGUUUGGAUCUAGAUCCGAAGCACCUCGACGAAGAAGGCAAUGAAGCACUGCCAGUCAGCGAGGAGCGUUGUAGUGGCAGUGAAGACUUGUGGGAUGCAUUGGUGCUGUACAGCGAGCUCACUCAGCCGCAGCUGCGUUCAGGGAUGGCAAACGUGAAAGUCGCACGCCGUCCGUUUAUCCGGCCUGGGGGCGGAGAUCUCAAGAGUGAGGACCCUCGAGACAGAAGCAGGCCGUCUGCUUUGAAGGAGUGGCCUGAGUUUCUGAGCCAUUCCUGGGGAAGUUUCGCUGAUUCAAACAGCUUCCUUGAGCAAGUGCUGGACAAGCUGGAAGCACUUUUUCCUCAGUACAACCUGCAUGGAGGUUGGUUGGGUCAGAACGUCUGGAUAGUGAAGCCCGGCACAAAUAGCAAAGGAAGCGGAAUCCACUGCAUGAGCAACCUUGCAGAGUUGCUGCACCACUGUGACCGGAUGCCGAAUCGUUUGGUGCAGAAAUACAUUGAGCGGCCACUUCUUUUAUUCAGCGGUCGGAAGUUCGAUAUCAGGCAAUGGGUGUUGGUGAGGUCUGUCCGUCCGUUGAAGGUGUUUAUGUUCAGUGAAUGUUACUUGCGUCUUUGCAACGGGAUGUACGACCUCGGCGACCUGCGCGAUCGAGAACGGCACAUCUCCAAUUGGCAGGUGAACAAGCAUGGCAAAAACGUUGUUGAGGGCGCCGUUGUGUCCCUCGCAGAUUUUCAGGAACAGCUCUUUGAGCUCACCAGCCGCAAGGACUAUUGGGAAGCCGUAUUGCUGCCACAGAUCACUCAAGUUGUCAUUGAGGUGAUGCGCUCGGUGGAGGCAAGUCUGCAGCCUCGAACAGAAAGCUUCGAGCUUUUCGGCUUUGACAUCAUGGUGGACGAGGCAAUGAAGCCCUGGCUUCUCGAAGUAAACCUGAGCCCCGGAUGCGAAAGCCGCGUGUCUUUCCUCGAACGUAUGCUUUCUCGCAUGUCACGCCGCUUGAUCGAGGUCGCAGUUCUCGGCAAGGAAGAUCCUGAUGGCGAAAUGCCUGACUGGAUCAAGAUAUGCGAUGACACGCUCGGCAUGCAGGAGCACAAUGCAGGUGUCGUGGACACGCCCAGGCCAUGUGCUGAUUUGACUGUUCAGGGUACGCCGUUGAGGCCACGGCGUGCGGUGGCUGGCAGCGUACCUCUACGACAUGUUGAGCACUUCCAGACGGAGGUGAGUCUGCCAGAUGCCUCGCCAAUCUCGCCAUCAGACUCCAACUUGGAACGCCAGACCGACCAGACCGACCAGGAAGAGCCAAGAUGCGAGGGCUCACACCGCGAGGUUAGUCGAGAUGGAAAGGCAGUGAGUUUUGAUGACGAAGGCCAUGUUCAGGGCUUUGUGCAGGACAGUGAAGCCAAGGUGCCCAGAGCUAUGGAACGGAAGGGAACAGGGUUCCUGCACAAAGAGGACGUGCAAACCCUAGUAGGGGCAGAUGACAGCUGUGACGAAGAGCAGGCGGGUGAAGAGCACAAGGCCGUCUCCUUCGAGACGCCCGAAGAGGCGACCUCCCGAGUCCAGGUGCGGAAGGGCACUGGCUUUGUGACCGCAGCAGACUUGCCAUCGGAGGAGGACGAGGAGGAGACGGGAGCGGGCAAGCACGUGGCCUUUGAUCCAGCAGCGCAGGCUGGCGCGGACGCGGGUCCAGCAGUGCGGAGAGGCACUGGCUACGUCAACACUGCGGAUCUGCCCUCUGAAGAGGAGGAUGCCCAGCAGGGUUAG